GAUCCUGAACUCCAAGAUCCAUUGUCACUGAGUCUAAAUGAAAACUAUGAUGACCAAAAUUCGCCACAUCAUGAUUCAAAAAAAGCACCAGGAAGCCCUGACUAUAACUGUGAGACUCCAGAGAUUCAAGUUAUCAUCAAAGAGGAAGAGGAAGGCUGGACUGUGAGUGAAAAUCAUGAGAGCUUCAGCUCAGAGGAAGAAAACGAAGAUACUUCCUCACACACUUGUCAUCCCCAGCUCAAAGCAUACGGGAACGAGAGCUCCAUUUCGUGCGGAGUAAAGAGACACGAGAGAGUGUUUUUGGUGGACAAAUGCUCGGAGGAGUCUGGUGGCACCACUUUCUCUGGGCAGAGCUCCUCCGUCAGUGCGGGGCAGCAGAGACACACGCUCAUGGACGAGAAACCUAAGAUUUCCUGUAUACGUGGAAAAGUGCCGGGAAAUGUGACUGUGCACCAGUGCAAUAACACAGUAUGUGAAACGACCCCUAGUCACAAAAGGAACAUGAAGGCCCAUCAGGGAACACGUGCAGCGGACGAGUGUUACGCUCAAGACCAGAGCCUUGACGUAAAACAAAGCACAUCUUUGCCAACAGAAGCAGAACUACGUGAGACCAAACGAUCAGCACCUUGCCAAACAGAUUCUCCUGAACAUAAGCCCCUGAUGUCACAUGGACUCAAGCUGGCAUCGGCAAACUUAGAGGACCAAACGCUCCAUGUGACCGUCAGACUGCAGGCAGGGGAUGAGGAGGAGGAACAAGAGGAGGAACCAGAUGAAGAAAUUGGUGGUUUAAUCAACUCUGAUGGAGAGGUGGUUGAAUGGGAUGGCAGAGACAGUCCUGACCGAGGUUCUGAUUGCGCAGAAAGUCCUCAGCCUAGCAAGGGUGUCAUCCUGUCCGAGUCUCAGCUGCAAGUCCAAAACCAGAGAGACAGCAGUAGUCCAACACUCAUCAUGGAAGUUGUUGGGGAAGAUGAAGAAAGGGAAGAAGGGGAGGAAAAAGAGAGAGUAGUAAAGAUGGCAGCUGUCCCGCCCUUAUAUCGUGGAAAGAGACACAGAAGAAAGAAAAAGCUUCCAGAAAUAAAAGUGGUGUCGUUGGACGUCUCAGACGCAGACAAAGAGGUUCCUGCAAAACCUCCUGUAAAAAGACGGGGCAGAAGAAAGACUUCAGAAGUUCAACUGUUGUCCAGUGAGGACUUAGAGGCAGAGCCUGGAAUAUCAAGGCGCACCCGAAGAAAGAGAAAUGUCCCUAUCAUAGUGGAAUCAGAAGAAGUAAACAUGAAAACUGUCCGCCGAGCUGUUGCAAAGCGACCUUACAGACGAAGGAAAGAUACCAAACCAUCUGCUGAAGGAGAAGGAGAAAAAACAAGUGCUGGGAAGAAGCGUCCGGGCAGGAAAAUGGUUCGCAUUCCAAUAGAAAUCCCUCCUGAGCUCCUGAAGAAGCCCAAAGAGAAGAUAGAGUACCACUGCUCAGUGUGUGGCAAAGAAUUCCCUCAUGCCUACAAACUAGAGAGGCACGAGCUGAUCCACACAGGAGAGAGACCUUACUGCUGCUCCAUCUGUGGGAGGGGUUUCAACCAGAAGGGGAAUCUCAAAACGCACUACAAAGUCCACUUAGGUCGUAAGGGCGCUGUGGAUUUUGACGAUGAGGUCAAUCCAAUAGCGUCAGAACUCUCUGAAUACUUGAAGUCUCUGCCGGGAGAGUCCAGGAUCAGGUCAUCCCUCCGUUGCCUGGAAUGUGGGAAAGAAUGUGAGAGUCAGUCAGCUUUACAAGCACACCACAUUACCACACACUCAGAAACAGCCGGUGAAUCAGAUGCAGUCGAGCACAGCACAUCACAGCUUUUGUUCUGCCGCCGCUGUGGCAUUCAGUUCAAUGAAAAAGAAAAGCUGGAAGAACACAUGAAAACCCACGUUAAGGAGAAGCGCUACUCGUGUCCCGACUGUGGCAAGAGGUUCAUCAAUGAGAGCUACAUACAGAUUCACCAGCGCAUCCAUACUGGGGAGAAACCGUUCCUCUGCUCCCAGUGCGGCAGAGGUUUCCACACAGCUUCCUCUCUCAAGCUGCACGAGAUGCAGCACUCGGGCGAGAGGCCGUUCGCGUGCUCCAUCUGUGGGAAGACGUUUCGGAUAAACUCGUACCUAACAGCACAUUACCAGACCCACAUUAAAGACAGACCUUUCAUUUGUAGCGUCUGUGGGAAAGGCUACUCCAGAGCUGAGGAGCUGAAGGUGCACCACAGGCUUCACACUGGAGAGAGACCCUACGAGUGUGGAGAAUGCGGGAAGAGCUUCAUCUACCGCCAGGGUCUGCGGCAGCAUCAGCGCACCCAUGCUGGGAGACGCAUCGGGCCAACCAGACAGCUUGGAAGGCCGAAGCAAGAGGCCAGGCUGGACAUCUAAUAGUUCAGUUGAUUUUUUUUGUUGUUAACUGUGUUUGAUGAAGAUAUUGCAGUAAAUUGCGCUUCUUUCUUGAUCUUCUUCCUUCCAUUCCUCCAACUUACAGCAGAGACGAUUACUGUGUCUGAAAAUACGCGCUACAGAGUCGGUGUGGAUUGCCAAGAAUAAUGUGGAAGCUUACUGUGUUGUCCUUCUUGUAUUCAUGUUUUGUACCCAUGCUUUUGUUUACUCUUCUCUAGUAGCCCAUCUGUACAAUUUGAGUGCCUUUGUAUCCUGCAUGCCAAAUACUAAUAUUUAAUGUUAAAAAAAUAUGCACAAUAUCCUUGUUAUUUUAAAAUCCAUCAUGAUGGAAUACAGAACUUUUUCUUAAA